AUGAACGCCCCAAUACCGAAUGGAUUGCCUGCUCACCACACUGGUCGACCUCAAGAUCAGUUCUACAACCAGAGCAUGACAGGCAUCCUCAACCAUCAAAACUGGCCGUCGAUGAGCCAGAACCAAUAUCCUCACCAACCCCAGAACCAUCAAUGGCAACAGCACCAGCAAAACAUGCAGAUUAAUGGUCGUCAUACGGCCCAGCAGCAACAGCCAAAUUGUAACGUGCCAGUUGCACCGAACGUGAACUCAAUUCAGCACGCGUUCCCCAAUCCGAGUUUUGAUCUCGCGUCUGUCGUCCCACAGCAACUCAUGCAGGACUUUCUUCGCCUGACAAUUCCAGUCGGCCAGUCACCUAACGACGAUUCCAUUCUCGCUCAAGCUCUUUUCGACUGCAAGCAGUCCGGGAAGACGUAUAGACAAGCUUUGGAGGGGUUACAUGGUGUCAAUAAUCAUGCUGCCAACCUUUGGAAAGACUAUUACCUCGACCACCACGACCGCUUCGAUGUCCUCGUCGCUCGUCUAGCAGAAAAAAGCCAAACAUCAAAAGCAGUCAAAAAACCUUUCAACUCCAGCCGCGCAUCUACCUCUACGACAAAGUCUGCUUCCCCUCUAAACAAUCGCGAUCGUGACUCGCGAAAAAGACAGUCUUCACCUUCGCCACCACUCCGACAAAGUCGACCCCCCAAACGCUCUACACCUACCGCCAUCAGCACAACUCAGUCCCUAGGCUACCGUCCUCCAAAACGUCCCAGAGCAACCCUCAACUCCCUCUCUGCACCUCUCCUCCCAACAAACCUUCCCUCCAAGCUUAUGCCGCUUCAAGCAGAUAUCACCUUACCCCGUCCACCGUCACGAAGCCCUACGCCCCCAACAAGAAUCGAAGCUGGGACAAAUGGGAACAGGUACACAGAGGAGGAUCGCGCGUAUUUCUUGAAAUUUAUCAGUUGGAGGCUGAGUCAGGAUGCGAGCCUGACGAAGAAAGAGUUAUGUGCGAUGUUGAAUGAAAAGGCCCCACAUCAUAGCGCACCUUCCUGGGCAUCUCACUGGCAUUCCAGACAUGACAUUGCAGACAAGAUCCUGCACUCCUUUCAGGGCGACGAGGAUGAGGACGAAGAUGAGGAAGAAGACGAAGAAGACGAAGAAAACUCAGACUCUCCAAAUGCACUAUCCGAUGCGGUUGAAGACUCAGAAACUGAAGUUAUUCGCCAGACAACAUCCAUACUUCCAGACAUGGGAGCAAUUGGUGGUUCGUUCACACCUGCGGAUUGGAGGAUUAUAGCCAGGUAUGUCGCGCGCACUCCGGGGUGGAAUGACAUGGUAGGUCGGGAAAGAUGGGAAGGCUUUCUUGAAAAGUUCCCGGAUAGCGAGAGAUCGGAAAAAUCAUGGGGUGAAUUCUACAGGAGGAACGAAGAUGCCAUCAUGUCCCUGGCAGCCCACUACAAAGGUACACAGUGGUCGAGUAAUACUAGUAUCAAAUUGCAGCAAGGGCGGCCGAGUUGGGCACGCAACCGGGGGCGGCAAGGCACAGAAGGAACAGAGGAAAAAGGAUCGGAUGAAGAUGGCGAUUAUGAAACAGACGAUGGAGAAAGGUAG